UCUUUUCUUCACAGUGUAUCCUUCUGUAGAGGCUGUCAAUGUUACAGCCCCAGUCACUUACAAUGACACUACUGCAAACACUGCAGUAGGCCCUAUACCAUACCGUACAGAACCUUUUUGUUGUCCCCCUACUACACUUACCUCUCCAUCACCAGCAACAACACCAGGACCACCAUUAACAGCAAUAACACCAACAACAACACCAACAACACCAUACCGUACCGAAACAUUAACUUUUUGUUGUCCCCCUACUACACUUACAUCUCCAUCACCAACAACAACAACUACACCAACACCACACCCUGACACACCGAGCCAGAUGAUGUGUCCUGAUGGAUGGGAGGUGUUCCUGGGACGUUGCUACUACUUUGUGACAGAGGGCAGGACCUGGCCUCAGGCUCUGACGAACUGUGCCAUGCGAGAGUCCACGUUGGUCUCCGUCCACAGCGCUGAGGAGUACGCUUUCCUCCAACAACUCACUAUUAAUAAUGGAGCUCAAAGCGCUUGGCUGGGCGGUUUCUACCUACAGGAGCAGUGGUUAUGGAUCGAUGGUUCCUGGUUCUACAACAACAGCUGGAGCAGCGAAUCCCAGGACAGCAGCAACCCCUGUCUAAUGCUCAACUCUUAUGAGGCAUGGAGCAAUUCCCCAUGCAACGCUGGCAGCUAUUCCUCCAUCUGUGUGAGGAACUCCAACGUUUCACAAUCCGUGGUGUGUCCUGUUGGCUGGACGGGGUUCCAGGGCCGCUGUUACUACCACAACUCCAAUUUUCUGACCUGGCAUGAAGCUGAUGCUUACUGUGCUGGUUUCGAGGCCAGCCUGGUCCCCGUCCACAGCCCUGAGGAGUAUUUCUUCCUCUAUCAGCAGACAGCUGGUAAUGGAUUCUCUCCAGCCUGGCUGGGUGGAUUCUACCUGCAGGACCAGUGGAUGUGGCUCGAUGCUUCCUGGUUUUAUCAGGGAUUUUUUACUGCCUUGUCUCCAGACAGUACCUACCCAUGCCUUUCCACAUUCAACACUGAUGGUUGGAGCAAUUACAACUGUGAUCAAAGCUUUCCUUCGUUUUGUGUGAAGAAUGCGGUUGUUUGAAGGAUGCAAAAUCUGCAAAUAACACAGGACAGUCUAUUUCAGUCAAGUACACAUUUAACCCAAAUGUGUGUGAAAAGUAACUGUCUUAGGAACGUUUCCAAACAAAUU